GGUUGAGCACGGAAUAAGUGCAUCAAUCAUACAGUAAUCAGUCCUGUAGUAAACACAUCAGUUUCACGAAAAGCAGCAAGAUGAAACCGUCGGGUCUCACGUUGGCUUUCUUGGUAGUUUUUAUGAUGGCGCUCAUGUACAAUUCGGUAGAAGCGGCACCAAACCCUGAUGCUGAUGCCGAAGCCAUGGCUGAAGCUUUUGCCAACGCUAUUGCUACUGGCGAUGCCGAUGCUAUAGCUAAAUGGGGUUGGCUUAAAAAACUCGGUAAAGUAGCGAUGAAAGUCGCACCCGGAGUGAUAGAAGAACUAUCUAGUUAAUAAUAAAGAAGACAAAUGAGAGAGAAAGAGAAAGAAAUCACCACACCGGUAGUUUCGAUGGAACGACAUGAAUAAUGCUUUACUAUCAAAAAUUUUCUGUUUACGACAAUAUCGUUUAAAUUGAUAUUCUAUUAAAGAAUAAAAUUUUCUGCAAACACAUUAUUAUCUGCAAA